CUGCCAACCUCCACGCCUUUACUCUUCACUCAUGCCAAUGUGCCUAUCUAUCAACUGUUUAACAAUUUCUAACAAGUUUUCGUGUACACAACAAUGCUUGCUGUUCUUUUUACUGCGUGUGCCGCGUUGCAGUGUGCAGCUGGGGGCUCGUCACUACCCGGACAUCUCGACAUGAUUUCCGGUCUAGCAGCGAGCAGACGACACCCGGGCAUUUUGUACGCAAUCCAAGACAACGAAGGUGAUGGGGACGUGUAUAUACUGGAUGCCACCGACGGCAGCGUCAAAGGAGUUUUAAUUGUCCAGCAUGGCGAGGAGACUGACUGGGAAGACAUUGCUGUCGGACCCUGCCCCGACGGCGACAGUUGCAUCUACAUAGCCGACUCAGGAAACACUAACCAGAAGUCCAGCAACGUCGUCUACAGAGUGAAAGAGCCGGACUACACAUACACCCAAGACAUUCCCCUGACCGGCAGAUACCACUACACAUGGAAUCAUCCCGUGUCCGAAGCACUUAUUGUUGAUGCUUCAGGAAAUGUUUACGUCCUGUCCGAAGCAUCCGGAACCGGAAGUACUCUUGGACAACUGCCGUCGAGCGGAUGGACAAGCGGAAGUCCGACCGCUGUCAAGACAGUUUUGACCUUACCCAUCUCAACCGCCAACAAAGGCCCCCUGGCGGCAGAUAUCUCACCAGAUGGGAAACAACUCUUGAUAAAGUCACUGCACCACAUAUAUGAAUGGUCGAUGCCCGAUAAGGACGUGAAGAAAGCGCUGAAUCAUCCGGGCAAGACUAUCCAAGGGUACAAGCCAGAGAACCGAGGGGAAUCUAUCGCAUGGUCAUCUGAUGGGCGUGGUUUCUACACAGUCGGUCAAGGCUCAAAUGAAAAGUUGCAUUUUCACUCUUUUCCAUGAGAAUUAAACCAAACAUUAUUCGUCGAUUUCA